CCUCUGUCCAGCUCAGUGCGUUUCAGUCUUCAGGAUGGUUGGUUUGGACCAGAAGAGACGGCAGAAUAAGGUGUUCGUGGAGCUGAACGAGCUGGUGAUCGACAGAAACCAGGAGCCGCAGUGGAGGGAGACGGCUCGAUGGAUCAAGUUUGAGGAGGACGUGGAGGAGGAGACGGACCGCUGGGGGAGGCCGCACAUCGCUUCUCUAACUUUUCGCUCCCUGCUUGAGCUCCGAAGAGUAAUCACCCACGGGGCAGUCCUCCUGGAUCUGAAGCAGAGGACUCUGCAGGGCAUCGCUCAACAAGUGGUGGAGCAGAUGGUGAUCUCAGAUCAGAUCAGAGCUGAAGACCGAGCCAACGUCCUGAGAGCUUUGCAGCUCCGACACAGUCACCCCAGUGAUGGGAAGGACCACAGCUCCUUCAGCAAGGACAUCCUUGCUACCAACAUGGCCACCCACACAAAAAUGCACAACGGCCAAUCAGAGCCCUUCAUUCACCCUCCCAAUCAUACAGAAGCUGAUGAAGAGAUGAACAGGAGUGAGGCUCCGGCCCCUAUUCACUCCAGAUCCAAACAUGAAGUGAAGCUGAUGGAGAAGAUUCCAGAAGGAGCCGAGGCGACCGUGGUCCUUGUUGGCAGUGUGGAUUUCCUCGACCAGCCUUCCAUGGCCUUUGUCCGGUUACAUGAAGCAGUCUUGCUGGAGUCUGUGUUGGAGGUUCCCGUCCCUGUCAAGUUCCUCUUCCUCCUUCUGGGCCCACUCACCGCCAAUAUUGACUACCAUGAGAUUGGACGGUCCAUUUCAACACUAAUGGCCAACAAGCAAUUCCACGAUGGGGCGUAUCAGGCGGAUAACCCCCAGGACCUGCUGACGGCCAUCAAUCAUUUCCUGGACUGCAGCAUAGUGCUUCCGCCCGCUGAAGUCAGUGAUGAUGAGCUGCUCCACUCCGUCGCCCGCUUCCAGCAGGAAAUGCUCAGAAAGAGGGAAGAAAAGAGCAUCAAGCCUCCUGAGAAACAGACCAGCAUUCAGCUCGAGGAAGAAUCACUUGUUCCCAUCAAAUCCAGUGAUGAGACUUUGCGGCGUACGGGUCGUCUGUUUGGCGGUUUGAUCAAAGAUGUGACUCGGCGCUAUCCUCAGUAUGUCAGUGACAUUCGAGACGCUCUGAAUCCGCAGUGCAUGGCGGCCAUCAUCUUCAUCUACUUUGCUGCACUCUCUCCUGCGAUAACAUUCGGGGGACUGCUGGGUGAGAAAACAGAAGGUCUGAUUGGCGUGUCGGAGCUGAUUGUUGCCACUGCAAUGCAGGGCAUUAUUUUCAGUCUGCUGGGGGCUCAGCCUCUGCUUGUGAUCGGGUUUUCUGGGCCUUUGCUGGUAUUUGAAGAAGCCUUCUACACGUUCUGUAAAGUCAAUGAGGUUGAGUAUCUGACUGGCCGGGUGUGGAUCGGUUUCUGGCUGGUGCUCAUCGUCGUCCUGACCGUGGCCUUUGAGGGAAGCAUCCUCGUCCGCUUUGUUUCCCGCUUCACUCAGGAGAUCUUCUCCUUCCUCAUCUCUCUCAUUUUUAUCUAUGAGACCUUUGUCAAGCUAUUCAAGAUUUUUCAAGAGCAUCCACUACGGAACUGUCUCCAUGGAAACAGCACAGUGCUCCCAUCUAUAAACAACUCCAGUGCGACUUCUGGAAGUCCAGGAAAAGUUGUUGGGGAGCCAAACACUGCUCUGCUUUCAUUCGUCCUCAUGUCAGGAACAUAUUUCAUUGCUUUCUACCUGCGCAAGUUCAAGAACAGUUCCUUCUUCCCAGGAAAGCUCCGUAGGAUCAUCGGUGACUUUGGGGUUCCUAUUGCCAUCCUGAUCAUGGUGCUGGUGGAUUACAGCGUGGAGGAUACCUACACUCAAAAACUGAGUGUGCCCAGAGGAUUCUCAGUGUCCAGCCCGGAGAAGAGAGGAUGGCUGAUCUCUCCUCUGGGGUCAGAUGGACAGUUUCCAGUUUGGAUGAUGGGUGCCAGCAUCUUGCCAGGAAUCCUCGUCUUCAUCCUGAUCUUCAUGGAGUCGCAAAUCACAGCACUGAUCGUCAGUAAGAAAGAGAGGAUGCUGGUUAAAGGAACCGGCUUUCAUGUGGACCUCCUCAUUAUCGUGGUGGUCGGCGGGAUCUCAGCGCUGUUUGGUCUGCCCUGGUUGUCUGCUGCCACAGUCCGGUCAGUCACCCACACCAAUGCCCUGACCGUCAUGAGUAAAGCUGUAGCCCCAGGAGACAAGCCUCGCAUCCAAGAAGUCAAGGAACAGAGGGUUACUGGCUUCCUGGUGGCUGUUUUAGUGGGGUUCUCCAUCGUGAUUGGAGAUGUUCUUCGUCAGAUCCCUCUGGCUGUUCUGUUUGGGAUCUUCCUCUACAUGGGUGUGAUGUCCCUGAAUGGGAUCCAGCUCACCGAGAGACUCAUUCUUCUGCUAAUGCCCCCGAAGUAUCACCCGGACCAGAAUUAUGUCCGGAAGGUGCGCACACGGACAAUGCACAUGUUCACCAUCAUUCAGCUGACGUGUCUGGCUGUGCUGUGGACCGUCAUGGCCACUGCGGCGGCGCUGGCCUUCCCCUUCGUACUCCUCCUGACCAUCCCAGUGAGGAUGCUGCUGCUGCCCCGCCUGUUCACUCGCCGAGAGCUGCAGAGUCUGGAUGGCGACGAUGCGGACACCCACCUGGAGGAGAGGGAGCGGCAGGUCGAGCACACCCACCCGCAGAAGCCUGAGGAACUGGAAGCAACAUGCUGAUUGUUCAAGCUAGCGGAUAUCUGUGACGUUGAUUAAUGCUCUGUUUGUGGGUGGAGGGACCUUUUCUGUUCAAGUUAUCAUUUACACUAAUUGCUGGUACUUUGUGUUUCUGACUCCUAGCAGUAA